CUGGUCAAUGUACGAAAACAUGUUCAGAAACUAGAUAAUGAAUAUUGGGAAAAGGAUAUAGGAAUGGAAAAUGUAAUGGAAUAUUUUAUUAUAGAGACAUGUAUAGGAGAAGUCACUUCAGAGGAAGCACGUUUUUACGAAAGUAUUAAUGCCACUGGGGUUAGACCAGAUCACUACGCUCUUAAUCAUAAAUUUAAUAAAGAAAGACUGGGGGGUAAUGUAGUAAACAGUGACCGUGAGCAGUAUGAAGCUGAGAAAAAAGCCGGGGAUAUGACAGCUCUAUUGGGUUUAAAAUAUGUGCAUUAUCGGCAACCGCAUAUUUACACAGACUUGGGAAGGCGAUUCGUGCCGCAGUAUCCAUACUACGAAAUUGCACCCCCAGAAUUAGUUUUGGCUGUAGCUAGAGAGUCUGCAUUGCUUGAAGGAGCAAAACCAAUUAAUCCUACUGAUGAAAUCAUAAGGGAAAAUGUUUUAAGAACUGGGGAUUAUUGGAACUCCGUAUGGAAAGAAGAUGUAUAUAGUCCAGUUCAAGCACUAAGGACAAAAAAAGACGAAGACCGAACAUCUGAAAUUGAAAUUGUGCCAGCGAGAAUAAAGCCCGGAUCCAAAUUUUAUCGCCUUAUAUCCAUGCUCAAAAAGAUUUCACCGCGCCUACUCUAUGUGAUAAAUAAUGAUGACAGGAUAUAA